UACUUUGAAUUUUGCAAGUAUAAGCAUUUGCUUACUUUUAUUCAUACGGGCCAAUACUUACAAUAUUUGACGUCGGCCCUUUUUUUAAAUGCGAUUAUAAAAUCAAAAUCUUAAAGAAACUAUUUUGCGGAUAGUUCAACAUUCAUCGAUCGUUGCUCAUGUGUUUGUUGGGUUUGGACGGAGAAGAUUUGCUGAGAAAAACUGACUGACGAAAGAGGUAAUAAAUAGAUUCCAUCAUGUAACCUUGCACUGCUGUAAACAAUUAUGUUAUCAACUUGGUUGAUUGUGAAAACGAUAAUGCGCGAAGUGGUUCCUCAUGGAUUAGUGUUUUCAUGGGUGCAUUAUCAAAGUUUCACCACACCUGUUUACAGUAAUUACGAAUCAAAUUUAGACUAAAUAUAUAAGUUUGAGUGUUUUGAAAAAAAAACACUUAUAGCCCUUUCUGAAGUAGGUACCAAAGUUUCUGCUAUAGGUACAGUAAUUACAAUGCAUUUUUCACUUUUGUUAUUUACCAUCAUUAUGUGUACGGGUGUUUCUAUGGGUUUAAGAUGCUUAACUUGUAGAGGUGAUGGUGAAGGCUGUGGAAACGGAACUACUAAUGCAAGUUCAGAAUGUGUGGCACCAACAACGACUGCUGCACCAGAUAUGAUAGAACGUUGUGUUACUUAUCGAGAGAAAGCAAGCAACGCAACUUGUAUGGGACUCCAAGUAAGAAAGUGUGAUUACGUAAAGCGUGGGGUCGAUCCGUGCGCUAGCAACGAAAGAUGCAACUGCUUUUCAUGUGACGGGAAUAAUUGUAACAACCAACCUCUAUCUAAGGACAAGGAUAAGGAUACGGAUAAAAAUAAGAAUAAGGAUACGGAUAAGAAUAAGAAUAAAGAUAAGGACAAUGAUAAGGAUAAGGAUAAUGAUAAGGAUCAUACGAAAAACUCCAUGAGUGAAUGAUUGUGCUCUAUUUCUUCCGUAAAAAUUUUUGUUUUUAUCUAUCUGUAAUAAUGAUUGUAAUAAAUUUACAAAACGAACGAAAUAUACAAACGAAACAUUCAA